AUCGCAUCGCUCUGUAUUAUGCGCUUGUUGGUUUUUGGGGACGCACUAAUUCAGUAUUUCUUUAAAGGUUCCUCACAACCCCUGAUUCUAAAUGGGAGGAGUAAAACAAGAGCAGACCGAUGGACCAACGUCAAAAAGCUAUCCUCAUUCAGACUCGACACCAGAAGAAAACAGUUCACAGCCUGUGAAAAAACGUGGCUGGCCCAAGGGUAAAAAGAGAAAGAAGGUCCUACCCAAUGGUCCCAAGGCACCAGUAACUGGGUAUGUGCGUUUCCUGAAUGAAAGACGAGAACAAAUUCGUGCCUUACACCCAGACCUUCCUUUUCCUGAAAUCACCAAGAGACUCGGGGCUGAAUGGAGCCGCCUGGCAGCCCAUGACAAGCAGCGCUAUCUGGACGAAGCAGAGCGGGAGAAAAUGCAGUAUGCACGGGAGCUGAAGGAGUACCAAAAGAGCGAGGCCUUUCUCAUAACAAACGCCAAAAUCCAAGACAAAAAAAUUAAGAAAGAGGAGUUAACAUCUGUUAUUAUUAAUGCCAAUAGUUCAGGAUCUUCACAUUUUAAAGAAUUUUCCAGCAGAUUUGAUGUUCCCAUAUUCACAGAAGAGUUCUUGGACCAGAACAAAGCACGAGAAGCUGAGCUGCGGAGGCUGCGGAAGGCUAACGUGGAGUUUGAGGAACAGAACAGCAUUCUGCAGAAGCACAUAGCUGACAUGUUCUCUGCCAAAGAGCGGCUGGAGGCAGAGCUGGGUCAGGAUGAGCUUCGUACUCAGGCUCUGCACCGCCACUUGCAGGCUAUCAAACAGACGCUGUUUACCAGCCUAGCCUCAGUACCCCUGCCAGGUACAGGUGAGACACCCUUGGCUGGAACUCUUGACUCAUAUCUGAGUCGUCUGAGCAGUUCAUUAGAGAGCAGUCCUCAUGAACACCGUGCUCUUUUGCUCAAACUACAAGAGGUUCUGGCUCACCUGGACAGUGAGAAACUUUAAGAAACCUGUAGCUGUGCUUCGGGUGGGAUUAAAGUGUUUACUUGCAGUCUCACAACAGGGUUUGCAAGGUGCUUUUUAUGAUGUGGAAAUUGUGCCUAAGGUCUAACUGGACACCCUUUAAACUUGGUUUGUAUCUCUUGUUUAUACUUCAACACUGUUGGCAGAUUAGAGCCCAGGCUUCAUCAUAAUGCUAUAUAUAUUAUUUGAUUAGGUUAGUUCUCUCUCUUCCUCAAUGCUGUAGAAUCCUACAAUAUACAGUUGCCUACAUUUGAGUUUAAUGCUAAGGAAUUUUUUAUUAAACUCUUAUAAACUAAUAUCUGUUAUUAAUUAUUGAUAAUAGAAAGUUGCAGUGUUUUCACUUUUGGUGUCUACAUUCAGAUGUUACAGCUGAUGAACAGUGAUUAUGGUUGUAUUUGGAAACAUGGAUUUACAUACAGGAGUUAGUUGUAACCAGACCUAUUUUAAAACAAUGAUCAAUUUGUUAUGCUUAAUGUACAAAAUGAUUUUUCUGUAUAAUUGCAAAAUAACCCAAAACAAUGUAUGCAGCCCCAAAUAAUGUGUGAUCUAAAAUACAAUAAAAUAUGGAUUUUCUUGUGUACAAA